AUGUUGUCUAAUAGAGAAUGGAUGUACACAAAGAGACUCGAUAAUCGUCGUUUGUUUAAUCCACAAUGGCCACAUUAUGUUAAUUUGUUUUUGGAUUUUGCUUAUGCGAACGCAACAAACAUCCAACAUAUCAUUAGGGAAGGGGUGGAAGUUUUUGAAAUUAGAUGUCCGUGUGCGAAAUGCAAAAAUAUUUAUUACCUUCCGAGAGAAUUAGUUUUUAGCCAUCUUGUUAACCGAGGCUUCAUGAAUGGUUAUACACAAUGGUAUUUACAUGGAGAAAAAUAUCCAACACUAGAGAUAGGUCAAUGUUCAAACCCAAUUUCACCUCAACACGUGGGUCCAAGUUCGAAUAUUGAAACAGUUCAACACAUUAAUAACGAUUUUAGUGAUUAUCAUAGAUACGAGGAGAUGGUUAUCGAUAGCAUGCACCAACCUGAGGCUUCGUAUUAUCAACAAACACCACAACAUCCAAAUCUUGAAGCCCAAAAUUUUUAUAAAGUUUUGAAACAAGCGAGUGAGCCUUUAUGGGACGGGUGUACAAAAACUUCCACACUCUCUGCCACCACUAGAUUAUUGGAUUGGAAAUCCCAAUCUAAUGUUUCAGACACGUCAUUUGAUACACUUCUUUCAAUUGUUAAAGACAUUCUACCAACUGGCGAGAAGCUUCCUAAUAGCUUCUACGAGACCAAGAAAAUGUUGAAGCCACUAAAAUUGCCUUUAGAACGGAUUCAUGUAUGUAUAAACCAUUGCAUGCUAUUCAGGGGCCAGUUUGCUGAUUUGGAUCAUUGUGCAGUAUGUGGAGAAAAUAGAUACAAAGCCAAAGGGAGAAAGGUUCCUAAUUUGGUCAUGACUUACAUGCCGAUUGGACCGAGACUCCAAAGGCUCUUCUAUUCAAGGAAGACGGCCAAAUAUUUAACUUGGCAUGCAGAUCAUUUAGUAGAUCCAGAAAAGAUGAUACAUCCCAGUGAAGGUGAAGCAUGGAAUCAUUUUGACAGAAAAUUUCCUGAUUUUGCAAAUGAGAAGCGCAACAUACGUCUCGGGUUGUGCACUGAUGGGUUUAGUCCUAAUAAUUCAAACACGACUCCCUAUUCGUGUUGGCCAGUGUUUCUCACUGUUUACAACCUACCCCCUUGGUUGGCUUUUAAACAUCAAUACAUACAACUUCCAUUGAUUAUUCCUGGGAAGAAGAGUCCCGGACAGAAUUUGGAUGUUUUUUUACAACCUUUGGUGGACGAGUUGAAGAUGUUGUUCACAGAUGGCAUUGAAACUUAUGACGCUCAUCGAAAGACCAAUUUUCAGAUGAAGGUUGUACUUCUAUGGACAGUUAGUGACUUCCCUGCUUAUGCAAUAUUGUCCGGAUGGAGCACUCAUGUUAAUUUCUUAAAAGGCAAGAAAGUGAAGGGUCAUGAAGUGCCUGUUCCAUACCCAACCAGAGAAUAUAUUUGGGAGAAAAUCCAACAUUUUCCCACUGUAUACAACGGUACUCCCUAUGGUCCAAAUUAUAUAAAACCAAAAGGUUUUGGUAUUACACAUAACUGGGUAAAGAAGAGCAUCUUUUGGGAGCUUCCAUAUUGGCGUCACCUGUUGAUCCGACACAACCUCGAUUUGAUGCAUGUUGAGAAGAAUUUUUUUGAAAAUAUGUUUCAUAUUUCGAUGGGUACCCCAAAGUCCAAAGACAAUAUGAAGGCAAGAGAGGAUAUUGAGAUGCUAUGUGACCGACCUAUACUAAACCCCAUUAGGGACAACAAUAGGAAGCCUAGGAAGAACCCUGGAAAGUACACAUUGACAAAGGAACAAGUUAAAAAAGUAUGUGAUUGGUUGAAAGAACUAAAAUUUCCUGACGGAUAUGCAUCAAAUAUAGGUAAUUGUGUAAACACCAAAGAUUACAGUUUUUAUGGUUUCAAAAUCCAUGACUGUCAUGUGUUUACGCAACGGUUGCUUCCCCUAGCUAUAAGAGGUUUUGUUCCAACAAAGAUAUAUGAGGCCGUAUCAGAGAUAUCCAUGUACUUUCGAGUAUUGUGCUCGAAAACGUUGCAUCUUCAGGACUUGUUCGAUAUGAAACGUUGUAUUGUUCAGACCAUGUGCAAGUUGGAGCAAAUAUACCCUCCUAGCUUCUUUGAUUCCAUGGAACACCUGGUCAUACAUUUAGCUGAUGAAGCUAUUGUUGGUGGUCCGGUACAUUACAGAUGGAUGUACCAAUACGAGAGGAAACUGGGCAUAAUUAAAAGAAGAAUCAGGAACAAAGCACGAGCUGAGGGUUCAAUAGUCAAUGAACAUCUAGUGAAUGAACUUGCUACCUAUUGUUCGUUAUAUUUUGACCCGACGAUUGAGACACGCCGUAAUCGAGAAGCACGGAAUUUUGCACCACAAAGUCACAGGUUUUCGAGUGGUGGAGCUCCACUUAGCAUCUUUGUCGUCCCAUCAAGAAGAUUAUAUGAAAAAAGUGGAAAACGAAAACCCUUAAGUGAUAAAGUCCUUCACAAGGCGCACACUUACAUAUUACUUAAUUGUAAAGAAGUUAACCCUUACAUCAUCGAGUUUGAUGAAAUGGUCAUAAGAACGAAUCCAAAUGAAUCAGUUUCUGAUUUAAGAGAUAAAUACUUUGGUGAAUGGUUUGAGGACAGAAUAAUGUAUAAGACACUCGAUGGAAGUGCUAGACACUUAGAAGUUAUAGCUACGAAACCAUCGAGACAUGCUUAUUUUCAUAAUGGGUAUUUUGUAAAUGGUUAUAAGUUCCACACUCAACAAUACGGCGAGGGUCGUGCGACAAAAAACUUUGGAGUAUGUGUUAGAGGGGAGACGUAUAAUGCCGAACAAGAGUCAGACUACUAUGGCAUAUUGCAAGAGAUCUUAGAGAUUGAGUAUUAUAGCAGCGGACCGUCGACUGUUGUACUGUUUAAUUGUAUUUGGUUUGAUAACAAAGACGGUGUAAUAGUCAACAAAAACAAGUUGGUUGAUGUCAAACCCAAUCCCCACAAACGGGUCCUAGGGUUCAAUUUAACAGAAUCAGGGCUAUUUUGUGUAUUGACAUGGCUUAUAAUGGCUUUCUCAGCCAAUCUUGGAGGCUGGAUAGUUGACACUCCUCUGACCAAAGGGAUGUCUGUGACUACAGUAAUGCAAUCAAUUGGAUUUCUUGGACCUGCAUUUUGA